GUUUGUCAGUUUCUUUAAAAAUUGGUAAGGAGGUUAAUAAAGAGGUUAGUGAAAAGACUGAUGAAGAAGUUGGCGAGAAGGUUGGUAAAGAGAUUAGUGAAGAGGUUGGUGAAGAGAAACGGUAG